CUGCUCCUCAUCGGGUAACCGAGGACGAACAUCGCACUGCGGCUUCUUCUCUGCCGUCCGUCGGGAGGCAGAACCGACCUGGAGGUGUGUGUGAGCAAAAUGGAGGGUGUAUCAGAGUGUGUAUGAGCCAUGGCGUCCACGUUAUCCCAGCUGCAAUUUGGCCGGCUGCGUGGUCUCCGUGCAAAACUGCUGCGGCGCUACGAGCACCGGCCGCUAGUAUCAUGUCUGGCCGGUCUGUACGGCUGCCGGUGGAGACGCUACGAGCGGAGCUGCACUCAGCCGGGAGACUGCUGCUGCAACAAGCUGGAAGGUGUCAGCUUCGCUCUGCUGGUGACGGCUUUCUGCUUAACGCUGGUGUUUCUCUACUUCUGGGGGCAAGCAAAGAAUGACUACAAUGACUUUGACUGGUUUAACUUUGGGAAUCUGGGCUUCUGGUUUCCUUGGUCUGUGGUGCUGCUGGUCAUCGCUGCAGGCUUCUUCACCUACAUCACUGUACUCAUGCUGCUGGCUGUGUGUUUGCUGUCAGAGGGCCAGAAGCUUUAUUUACACUGGAGUCACAAGAUUGGGAUUUUGGUGAGUCUGACGUUCUCCAUCGUAGCCACGGCUGUCUUAUCCGACCUGUGGAGUAAAGAAUGGAAGACUUUACUGCUUUCCUUCCAGGUCACUGCACCUUAUUUACAUGUGGGUGGAGUCUUACUUGUGACGGCGGUGGCUUGGCCGAUAGCUUUGCAUUUCUUUCGCAUGAACAGCAGAGUAAGGCGGGGCCUGAUCAUGACGGUUUACCUGGCCAUCCUGUCCGCCCUCUACCUGGUACCCCUCGGUUUGUAUUCUCCUUGUAUCAAAGAGGAGGGGACCCUUGGCCCCGCGCCGGCCCUCUUCGGCCACAGAGGAGCACCCAUGCUUGCUCCAGAAAACACACUGAUGUCGUUUCAAAAGGCUGUGGAGGCAGGAAGUGAAGGUCUGGAGACGGAUGUCACUAUCAGCGUUGAUGGGGUGCCAUUUCUGAUGCAUGACUACACACUGCGACGCACCACCAACAUCAACCAGGUUUUCCCCAACCGGACUGACACCCCGGCCGCCAUGUUCACCUGGGACGAGCUGGAGAGCCUGAACGCCGGGGCCUGGUUCCUCUCUCACAAUCCGUUUGGUACAGCGGGUUCUCUGGGUGCAGAGGACCGCGUACAGGCAGGAAAGCAGUCCGUGUGCAGCCUGCAGGCCUUUCUCCAGCUGGCAGCUCAGAGAGACAAACUGGUGAUCUUUGACCUCUACCGACCGCCCAGAGGUCACCCGUACAGGUAUACGUGGAUCCAACGCACGCUGGAGGUCAUCCAGAACGAGUCCUCCAUUCACUCCUCACAGGGGGCUCCUCUGGCUCCUCUGGCUCCUCCCUCUCGCCUAAGCAGCAGCAGGGUUCAGGGGCGCUCACUUCUUUUGCUGCUUCACCCACUCACCGCCCUCACCUUCCAGUGGACCCCUGCUGCUGAGGAGGCUUUCCAGACUCUCAAGUCUGUGUUUACCUCCGUGCCAAUCCUCCAAAUGCCUGAGCCUGAGUGCCAUUUCGUGGUAUCCCAAAGAUCAGCCUCUGACCAGAAGAUCCACCCCUGCGCCUUUGUGUGUCGGCGACUGUCACCCGCAGAGAUAAAUUACAACAUUGGGAAUAGAAAAUUGCUGGUGGUAAAAGUGGCGCUGGAAGGGUGGUGGCACUGGCUGGAGGGCACCAAGGAACCAAGAUCAGCCAAGAGACUGAAUUUCCGCCAGGCCCGCUGGUCCCUAGUCUUCACCUGGUUCCACUUUACUCUCUCCUACCAUCCAGGUUCCCGAAACGGCAAGCCUGACGCCCUUUCCUUGCAGUUCGAGAAGGGAGAGGAUUCUGCUGAGAGAACUGCCACCAUGACCUGGGACAUAUAG